AUGGCCCUGAUGGGCCGGAAUCUUACAUUGGAUCACCUCGAGAUUUGUUUUAGCUAUUUGACAGCCUCACUUGCCUCCUCUUAUGAUCAUGUGAAUUCAAGAAGUCUUGUAGUUGAAUUGAUGACGCAUCCCGGAUGGCCAUUAUCGCCCGGCGACGCUGGUUGCUGCCAUUUGACCGGGGCUGACGCUUUUUCCCAGUCUUUAGAUCGGCUUCACGAGCUCCACUUGCUGACCAGUUAUGAUUUUGCCCAUUUCCUGUCUUCGCGUGGAAUUAGUAUCGUUAAUUUUUCAGAUCUGUAG